UCCCCGAAGCUUUCUUUUUCUUGCUUUCUGUCGCUCUUUUCCCGCUUCGUGUAACAAGCGUAAACUCUUCUGGCCCGCCGACAAGACCAGAAAACUGUUGAGAGUUUAUCUCCCGGAGAAGCCCAUUGCCGCCGUGCUUCUCUCCAAAAACGAAACAACAACAGCAACAACAACAACAAAUCACUACUACUACGAUAACAUCAAGACCUCGGCAACGUCCACGACGAGGCGCAACACUUGCCCGACGGUGAUCUCAUCUCUCUUCGUAUCCGCAUCUCACCUCCGUCCUCGACCUCGUCCUCGACCUCGACCUCGAUCUUACCCCCCGAAUCCGUCCCUAGGUCCAACUGCCCACCCGGCACGCUUACUUCUCCCUGAAUGCAUCGAGCCACCCUCGCUCUCGGGACGCAAUCCAUCGACUGGGGAGUUUCGAGCCCUACCGACAACCCUUUGGCUGCCGGCGGUUGACUGAUCGGAACGAACCGUGACCUUUGAACGAAACCGCCAUCCUGAACAAAAUCUCACAACACCCCACGUAGAGAUACCUUUACCCCCCCCGCAAAUCACGCCCGCCAUGGCGUGGGACCAUCUCUCCAUCACGAAGCCGCACUUGGUGUACAUCAUCCUGGGCGGCUUCACCACCCUUUUCAUGCUCUGCUCCUCCAUCAUCAAGGAGCGCAUGUACAUCGGUGAGGCCACUGUUGCUACCAUCUGUGGCAUCAUCUUCGGCCCCCACGCCGCGAACCUGAUCGACCCCAAGAGCUGGGGCAACGUCGACCUCGUCACCAUCGAAUUCUCCCGCAUCGUCCUCGUCGUCCAGUGUUUCGCCGUCGGUGUCGAGUUGCCCAAGUUCUACAUGGAGAAGCACUGGAGAUCCGUCACCCUGCUGCUGAUCCCCGUCAUGACCAUUGGCUGGCUCGUUGUGAGCUUGUUCAUCUGGUGGCUGAUCGACCCGCUGUCCUGGCUCGAGAGCUUGGUCAUUGCCGCCUGUGUCACCGCCACCGACCCCGUCCUGGCCUCGUCCGUCGUCGGCAAGGGCAAGUUCGCCAAGCGCGUGCCCAAGCACUUGCGAGACCUGCUGUCCGCCGAGUCCGGCUGCAACGACGGCAUGGCCUUCCCCUUUGUCUAUCUCGGAAUCUACCUGAUCCAGGAACACAUGGACGCCAAGGCCACCACGUUCCAUUGGAUCGUCUACACGAUUCUCUAUGAGUGCAUCUUUGGCGCCAUUUUCGGUUUCGUCGUCGGCUACAUCGCCCGCCACGGCAUCAAGUACGCAGAGGAGCACGAUCUGAUUGACCGAGAGAGUUUCUUGGUCUUCUACUUUGUCCUCGCCCUGUUUUGCGCCGGCGCCGGUAGUCUGCUCGGUAUGGACGACCUGCUCGUCGGCUUCGCCGCCGGCGUCGGCUUCUCCAACGACGGCUGGUUCGCCUCCAGGACCGAGGAGUCCCACGUCUCCAACGUCAUCGAUCUGUUGAUCAACCUGGCCUACUUUGUCUUCCUGGGCACCAUCAUCCCCUGGGAGCAGUACAACAUGGUCGCCGAGGGCAUCACCCCCUGGCGUCUGGUCGUCAUUGCCAUCUUCGUCAUCCUGUUCCGCCGCAUCCCCGCCAUGCUCAUCCUGAAGCCCUUCAUACCGGACAUCAAGACGUGGCGCGAGGCCAUCUUCGCCGGCCAUUUCGGCCCCAUCGGCGUCGGCGCCAUCUUUGUCGCCAUUCUGGCUCGCGCCGAGUUGCAGUGGGAGACGGCCGUGCCGCUUUCCGACACCCCGCCCGAAGAGAUCGAGCACAGGACCCUCGUCGCCGUCAUUUGGCCCAUUGUCACUUUCCUCGUCAUCUCCUCCAUCAUUGUCCACGGUUCCUCGGUGGCCGUCUUUACCCUCGGAAAGCGCAUCAACACCCUGACAAUCACCAUGUCUUACACCACCGCCCCCGAGGACGGCCCCACCUGGAUGAACCGCCUGCCGAGAAUCUCCUCGCAGUCUCGUUCGCAGGCCCGGACCAUCUCCGACACCGAUGGCGAAGAGCUGAAGAUGCCAGAAUUCCCGCCUGGCACCCUGCCGCCCGUCGGCUUCCCAGGUGCCUUCCUCCGGCGCCAGAAGGACGAGGAUGGCUCGAAAUCUCGCACUCGGUCGACGUCGCGCAGCCGGCGCAAGAAGAACAACAAGUGGGACGACGGUAUCGGUCCUGGCGGUCCCGUUUCUCAGUCUGCCAUCUUCCCCACCAGACGCGAGCCUCUCUUGAACGAAAAGGACCCUGCCUCCCCUGACGGUGAUGGCACCACGCCGCCCAGGCGCGAUUCCGACAGGGGCCGCUCGAGGGAUCCCGAAAAGGACGACGAUGAGAUCACGCCCUCUCCCGAAGGAGGCUCCAGCCGAACCGAAACCCCGUCCAAGAUUCAAAUCUACGAAGAGGGAGACAAUCUGGUGGUGGAGAACGAGGACGGCGACGUCUUGACCGUUGAGCGCUCGGAGAGCAGAGCAAUGGCCGUUGCGGAUGCCGAGGCACACCACCGUUUGCCGGUUGAAACCGACCUGGCCGCAGUGGCCGUCGACAAGGCGAAACAGGGUGAGAAGUUCAACUGGACCCUAGACUCGUUCAAGCGCAAGGUUGAGGAUGUCUACACGUCGGAGGUGGAGAAGCGUAAGGAGAAGAGCAAGGCCGACAGGCGGCAUGAGCCCGCUCGAGCGUUCCAGUUCGGCAAUACUAUCAUUGUUGAAGACGAGGACGGCGAAGUCAUCAAGACGUACGAGCUGCCGUCGUCCAAGACCGGCAAGGAAACCGGAGGCCGCACACAGCAAAGUCUCAAGUACCUUGGUAUGGGCGGUCUGCUGAAGGCAUCCGAGAAGCCCGUGCCCCAAGGCGCGACCGAAGGUGAAUCCAGCGCCGAGGGUGCUGCCAAUGCCCCUCCUCCUCCUCCGAAAUCGGGCUGGCAACGCUACCUUGGCGGCAGCGCCGGUGCCGCGCAAAAGCCGAAGAAGAACGCGGCCGAAGGACAACAGGAGGAUGACCGACACAUCAGGUUUACCAUUGGUGGAGUAGGCCAGCGGAUGACCAAGGAAGACUUUAUCCGGGAAGUGCAGAAGCUCGACGACAAAACCCGACGACAGGUCGUGGACCAAUCGACUGCAUCCCAGCGUGUCAAGUCGAUCGCCAAGGGAGAUGUCCCUUCUCCAGCUGACCAACAUGCGAAUAUCCCCACCAUCAGGAUCGGCAGCGACUCGGCCGAGAAGCGGUCCGGGUCGUACACUCCACAGCGAGUGAACACUGGCGCGGCACAGCCCGCCACGAGAGCAUCGCGAGAGGAAGAGGCGGAUGAGGAGGAGACAGCCAUCGAGAGGCAUCGUAGGCUGGCUGUUCUCUCGAACCAGAGCGACGAGGACGUGGAUUCGGGCGAGACCCCGGCCGAGAGGCGUCGUAGGGAGGCCGCACUGGGUAUGAACGCCAACGACGGCGGGGACGACUCGGAAGACGAGGGAGGGGAGAGAGUACCGCCUACGAGGAGAGGCAUCCGGUUUGCAGAGAGCACGGUGCCGCGAGGCCAAAAGUAGAGGAGAGACAUAGACCAGCGGAGAGUGAGAAAGCAUAGCGUUGCGUUAGGGAUGGUUAUAUGCAUCAUGACAGCGUACCAUGCAUGGUUUCGACAUCUCAGAUGGAGCCGAGCCGAGCUACGAGUGGUUUUUAUGGAACGGCCGAUUUUGGUAAUUGUAUUGUUUAUUCUGUGCAUACUUGAGGAAAUUGAUAAGGCCUUACAUACACUUACGAC